AGCUUCAUUGCCUGGGAAAAUCUUAAUUGGUUGUAUAUGUUGCGGAUAUUCCAAUUCGGAUAUGACACCGGCAACGUGAAGUCUUAUGACCAGCUGUUAUUAAAAACUUAACUUUUAUGAGAUGACAAGGAAUGAUGUUUGAGUCCUAGUGUCUUACAAGAUUGGAUCAACAUGAGCUUAUUUAAUAAGGUGGCAUUUUAUCCAACAUUGUUCUACAAUGUUGUUAUGACAAAGAUAUCUUCCAGAAAGUGGUAUGAUCGUAUUGAUGAGACGGUUUUGUUGGGAGCCUUGCCUUUUAGAGGAAUGACUAAAUGGUUUGUUCAAGAAGAAAAUGUCAGAGGCGUCGUCACUUUAAAUGAAGACUGGGAAUUAGAAGAUUUCUGUAAUACAGAAAAGGAAUGGAAGGCAGUUGAUGUAACACAAUUAAAGAUACCAACAGUUGAUUUCACGGGCUCACCAAGUCAAGACAAUAUAAACAAAGCAGUGGACUUCAUCGUUCAUCACAAGGACAAUCAUCUUGGGUCAGUGUAUGUCCACUGCAAGGCUGGCCGUACAAGGAGUGCAACUGUAGUGGCGUGUUAUCUGGUCAGGGUGCAUGGCUGGAGCCCUGAAAGGGCGGUACAGUUCAUCCAGGAGAAGCGGCCCCACAUUUGGCUGAGAGACAAACAACUUGAUUCUAUACAGCAGUUCUACAACAUGUGCAAUAAUAGCAGCAACAACAACAACAACAACAAUAGCAGCAGCGCCACAACAAAGGCAGGUGCCUAGAGCGUGAUAAACUGGAAAGGAUUUGGCAGCGGAUUUAGUACUUGGUAUAUUUGUUGAGAUGGAAUCUAGUACUUGGCCUUUGAACAUGGAUUGUGCAAUUUGAUUAUGGAUCAUGCGAGGAUUUUUUUUAAAGAAUUAAACUUGUUUAAUCCUUUUGAAUAAGUUUGGGAAUUUCUAUAAUACCACGGUAGUCUAAAUCUGCAUUGAAUUUACACAGAAUAAAAUGACAUAAGUAUAACAAAUUUAAUUGCCAUAAUUCAACAAAAAAUGUUGGUAAACAUGUGUAAUAUCACUUAAAAAGAUACGUUCACAUUUUAUAUAGCAAUUACAAAACGUUAUUUGGCUAUUUUUGAUAGUUUUUGUAAAUCAAAGUACCAGGGAAACGUUAUUAAAAUCCACUUAUAAGUUUUGCGAUUUUUGUAACCUUAUGCCCCUCCAUUUAUCAAUUUAGGGUCAGCUUACAGAUGUUAAUUAAAACCGUUGUAAAAUAACAACACACUAUCUAUUAUGGUAAAACAUUUUCAUGAAUUAUGUGGAUAUGGUUUAAAAAGAAGCCUAUACUGUGCAUUAUUUAUUUCAAAUAUACUACGUCUUUUAUUUGAUACAUUUUAUAUGCAAUGGACUUUUUAUAUGCAUACAAAAUAAACAUGUUAUAGGUGUGCAAAAUGUGUUCCAUAGUUCAUGGGCAUCUACUACUUUUUUGUUGAUAACUAUUUGAUAAUUUA